CCAAGGAUGAUUUCCUUCAGCUGAGUCUGGUCGCCACUGCCGCCGCACCCGCUCCUUGACUUCCCGCCGUGUCGCAGGACGUGAAGACAAGAAACCGCCAACAUGUCUGACAAAAAGAUGUCUUCGAGCCGCAGGCAUCAUCUCAAGAGUUUGAUGCUGCAGAUUGCGGCGAGCUGGAUUCAACAGGAAAAGAAAGACAUCAUUGCAAUGAAGGAGGCCUACAUCGCUGAAACCUGUGCACGGCCUAACUUGAGUGGGGAUCAAGCCACUCUCAUGGAAACCUGCAAAAAGCUUCACGCACUCAUUGACAAAAUUGAUGAGGAGAGGUACGACAUGGAGUCCAAAGUGGGCAAGGCUGAUAAAGAGAUCGAUGACCUGAAAAUGAAAGUGGUCGACUUGGCUGGACUGAAGAAACCCGCUUUGAAGAAAGUGCGUAUGUCCGCCGAUGCCAUGCUCAAAGCUCUGCUGGGCUCCAAACAUACUGUCAAUCUGGACCUGAGGGCCAACCUGAAGCAGGUCAAGAAGGAGGUGAAAGAGGAGCCUGCAGAAGCAGUCGGCGACUGGCGUAAGAACAUUGAGGACAAGGCAGACAGGAAGAAGAUGUUCGAGACUUCCUAAAGAAAUAACUUACUCUGGGCUUGUAGCACUUUUUAUUUGGAAUUUAUGAAGUUUUUUUGGAUUUCAUGGAUGUGAAAAACCCCUUUUGUUUUAUUAAAUCUGUAGGUUUCA